AAAAUAAAAAGUCUACGAAGGGUGGGUGGGUUUUGGAGUCUGGAAAUGCGUUCAACACGAAAGCACCAUCUCCCAAUCAAAAAAUUACUCAUCCCAAACAAUCCUCAAUUUCCAACAACUGAUUCAACCACAGAUCAUCAACUUUCUAUACAUAAAUGUCCACAUACUAGGGUUUCUACUUGAUUGCACUCUUAUUUCUAGGGUUUCUACUUUCUUCGCAUUCGAGCUUGCGAUUGAAGCAACUAUGAGGGCUCUCGAGUUCGUUCCAGGGGUUCCACUUCCUUCCCCGAUCUCGAAUUCAACCCCAGAAGAAGCAGCAGAAGGAGGUGGUUACGGCCCCAGACUGUACGGGUGGUUGUUCGAUUGCCAUGGAUUUUGGCACAACCUUGCUUUGAUUCUGUUUUCGGCUUUGUUCGUCGUGUACUUGGCGUCUCACGCCAAGAAGAGCUUUGCGAAGCUUUCGCAUGGUCGGUCGUAUAUAAUGAAUUCGUAUUACGGUGUUCUUUGGCUCGUUAGCGUUCUCAAUCUUGCUUGGUGCUCACUUCAGGCAUUGGAAUGCACUGCUGGCAAAGAAAUGGCAUGGAACAUGGCUUGUCUUUGUUAA